GUUCCACUUCCACCGAGUAAGCGGCCAUUGCGUCUUCGCGGGAGAAUCCGGUGCCCUUUGGGCCUUGGCUGCUUAGGAGUAGGCGUAUCUGGAUCUCGUCUCGUUUGCACGCUGUCUAUAACCUUUUGUCCCGAACCAGAGUGUUCCUUUGGACAGGGUCGAACGGAAAACCGGCAUUUUAGCACCCUUUUGCAGAUAAUGCGCUUGAUGUGUUCCCAUUAAUCCGAGUCGAUCAAUUUGCCAGACUCAGAGCCAACGAAACGGAACUCUCCCGAUUGCGUCGUCGAGCUCCCGCCAGCACCGGCUUCCCGCCCCAGCGGUGGGUUGCAGAGAGCCCUCACGAUGUUCGCCCUCCGCGUCCACUCCAUCGACCUACCGAGAGAUGGAGGCGAGGGACGAAACCCUAGGGCCGAAGGUAGAAGCUCGGCCAGCCAGAGCUUCAUCGGCGGCUGCUCGCCUUCUACUGCCGCUUCCGCCUUCCCUUUCUCCUCCGGUAGCCCCAAGAUCGAGGAGACAAGAGGCAUUCUCCACAUUUUUCGCAACGUCUCGGAGCCACCGGCCUCCGUCCGAUCGCUUCCUGUUGGGCGCGGCACGGUCAUAUGCGUCCUGGCGGUCCCGAAUUAUAUGAGCUAUGCGGAUUUCUGCGAUUUCUGUGGUUCUCACGUCGAGCACAUGGUAGAGAUGCGUGUCAUUAGGGACGAUGGAAUGGAAGAUCGAUAUAGCAUUUUGGUUACUUUUGAUGAUCAGAACAACACGGACAAUUUUUAUCGCCGGUUCAACGGCAAGAAAUUCCCAUCAGCUGAGGCCGAAGUGUGUCACAUUCUUUUUUCGGUUGAUGUGCAAUAUACUGAUUCAACCGAGCUUGCGGGAACUCCUCCACGGGGAUUAACAGAAUUACCUUCAUGUCCGGCUUGCCUUGAGAGACUGGAUCAAGACAUAAGUGGGAUUCCUUCUACUCUCUGUAAUCAUUCAUUUCAUUGCUCAUGCGUUUCCAAGUGGCUGAAUUCUUCUUGCAUGGUCUGCCAUUUUUGUCAAGUAGAGAAUGAAAGGUCCACAUGUUCUGUCUGUGAAACGUCAGAGAACUUAUGGAUUUGUGUUAUAUGUGGCUUUGUUGGCUGUGGAAGGUAUAAAGAAGGUCAUGCCAUUAGGCAUUGGAAGGAUACACACCACAGCUACUCACUUGAUUUGGAGAAUCAACGUGUUUGGGAUUAUGUUGGCGACAGCUAUGUUCACCGACUCAUUCAGUCAAAAAGUGAUGGCAAAUUGGUUGAGCUUAAUUCCUCUUGUGGAGCUGUUAAUGAUGAUUGGGGAGAUUGUGCUUGCACUGAAGAUUCUGGAAUUAGCAGAGCACUUUUUAUCAGUAAAGUUGAAGCAAUUGUCGAUGAGUACAACCGCUUAUUGGCAAGCCAACUUGAGAAUCAAAGACAAUACUAUGAGUCACUAGUUGCGGAGGCUAAGGAGCACAGAGAGAAGACCAUUUCUGAAGCAGUAGAGAAAGCUGUGAGUUUGGAAUUGCAAAGAGUACAACUUGAAUAUGAAAAAUGUCUUGAGGAUAAAAAGGCUGUUUCAGAUGUUAAUGAGAACCUUAUGAAAAAUCAAGAGCUUUGGAAAAAGAAAAUUCAGGAAGCUGAAGAAAGAGAGAAAUUGUCAAUAAGGUCAAGAGAUGAGAAGAUAAUGGAUUUGGAAGAACAGGUCCGCGAUAUCGUGGUUUAUAUUGAGGCUCAAAAAACACUGGAGAAGAUGCCCAACUCAGAUGACAUAAAAGGUGGCACGGUUCUAGCAGUUCAACGACAUUCAUCAUCAGCUACUACUAAGCGCUCAACCAAGAUGAACAAAAGGCGGUCUUAAUUACUGCUUCAUACUAAAAUUGCGCUUUUGUAUAUAAACAUCUCUGUAGAUGUUGGGACUGAAGCUGGCUGUUACGUAACCAUCCCUGUAAAAUGAUAUGGCUCCCAAACAUGAAUGCUGGGUGAUAUGAAUUGAGACA